UCCAUUUCAAUCACCGCCCAACUUCCUACCUUGAACCGCGUAGAGAAGAUGAAGUACGUUUUGGUUACCGGCGGAGUGGUGAGCGGGCUCGGCAAAGGCGUGACGGCGAGCAGCAUAGGCGUCGUCCUCAAAUCCUGCGGCCUCCGUGUCACCUCCAUCAAAAUCGAUCCUUAUUUGAACAUGGAUGCUGGUACCAUGUCCCCUUUUGAACAUGGAGAGGUUUUUGUUCUUGAUGAUGGCGGAGAGGUUGAUUUGGAUUUGGGCAAUUAUGAGAGAUUCUUGGAUGUGACACUUACAAGAGAUAACAACAUAACCACGGGAAAAAUAUAUCAGUCUGUCCUUGAAAAGGAACGAAGGGGUGAUUAUCUUGGAAAGACUGUUCAGGUUGUUCCACAUAUCACAGAUGCUAUUAAGAAUUGGAUUGAGUCAGUUGCUCUCAUUCCUGUGGAUGGAAAAGAAGGCCCGGCAGAUGUUUGUGUCAUAGAGUUGGGAGGAACUGUUGGUGACAUUGAAUCAAUGCCAUUCAUUGAGGCUUUGAGACAGUUGUCCUUCUCAGUUGGAACAGAUAACUUCUGUCUAGUUCAUGUGAGCCUGAUACCUGUGCUGGGCGUUGUGGGAGAGCAAAAAACUAAGCCUACACAACAUAGUGUUCGGGAACUAAGAGCAUUAGGCUUGACUCCUCAUCUGUUGGCAUGUCGCUCUGCUCAGCCUUUAUUGGCAGCUACAAAGGAAAAACUUUCACAGUUUUGCCAUGUUCCGGCUGCUAACAUUUUGAAUAUUCAUGAUGUUCCAAACAUUUGGCAUGUUCCUCUAUUACUGAGGAACCAAAAUGCUCAUGUUUCAAUUCAUAAACAGCUUGGUUUACUCAGCAUUGACACACCUCCAAAGUUAGAAGCCUGGACCAAGAUGGCAGAGACUUAUGAUAACCUCACUGAUUCUGUGAGGAUUGCAAUGGUUGGGAAGUAUGUUGGCCUGUCAGACUCAUAUCUGUCUGUUGUGAAGGCCCUGUUGCAUGCUUGCAUUGCAUGUUCUUUGAAGCCAUCAGUUGACUGGAUUGCAGCCUCUGACCUUGAAGAUGAUAGUGCAAAAUCUACACCAGAAGCUCAUGCUGCUGCAUGGAAGACUUUAAGGAAUGCAGAAUGUGUCUUAGUUCCUGGUGGAUUUGGAGAUCGUGGUGUGAAAGGAAUGAUAUUGGCUGCAAAAUAUGCUAGAGAGAAUAAUGUUCCCUAUCUUGGGAUCUGCUUGGGCAUGCAGAUUUCUGUCAUUGAAUUUGCUAGAUCUGUUCUGGGUUUGGAAAGGGCAAACAGCAUGGAGUUUGACGAUAAGACACCUAAUCCUGUUGUCAUUUUUAUGCCUGAGGGCUCUAGAACGCAUAUGGGAAGCACAAUGAGAUUAGGAUCCCGUAGGACACUACUCCAAACCAGUGAUUGUAUUACUUCAAAAUUGUAUUCUAAUUCAGAAUAUGUAGAUGAACGGCAUCGGCAUAGAUAUGAGGUGAACCCGGAGAUGAUUAAAACUCUAGAAGAAGCUGGCCUGAAAUUUGUUGGGAAGGAUGAAACUGGAAAGAGAAUGGAGGUUCUAGAGCUUCCAAGUCAUCCAUUCUAUGUAGGAGUGCAGUUUCAUCCAGAAUUCAAAUCACGGCCAGGGAAGCCCUCAGCUCUAUUUCUAGGUCUUAUCUUGGCAGCAAGAGGACAGUUGGAAACGUAUCUUAACCAGCAUCAAAAUGGACAAUUGGACUUGGUUUUUUACAAGGAAGAAGAGGACGAAGAUUGAUACAGUAAGGCAGAUACAUGAAUGUGGUGUCAUUUCAACUUUUUUGGCUCAUAGUCAUAGCUCAAUUUUCCUUUCUGUGUUGCUUCAGUUUUUGCUGCACUUUUUGGAUUGAAGUCAUACAGCGAGUUGUCAAAGUGGGUUUCAAUAGUUGUUGGCUAAGUUAUUGUCUGAAUGUUUCCCCACUAGGCCCAUAUUUCAGUAACAUGUGCUGAUUCGGCAAAUCAAACUCUCUCUGCAGAUCAACCUGGUGUUGAUUGCUUGUUUUUGAUAACUAAGGAAAAUAUUUACGAAACUUAUUUUUGCAAUUAAUUGAAAUGACUCUA